AAGAACAAUAAAAUAUUUUGAAUUUGGAAGCAGUAGUAGUAGUGAGGAUAAUGAGUAUAGUAGCACUAACGAGAUUAGCAUUAAAAAAAAACAACUAACAAAACUUCCAAUGCAAGGUGCUAUACCUUUGCCUCACCCAUCACAUUCUAGAGUUAUAGAAGAUGUGACUCCAUCAGAAUCUUAUGCUGAUAUCUCCCCUAUGCAGCAAUGUAGCAUGAGUACUUCAAAAUCAGUUACCGAAUCCACAAAAGUAGUUAAUGAUAUAAUGGCUUCAGUGAUUUCAAACCAAAAUUCUCCAACUCAAUGUAAAAAUGUCAGCAAUGCUAUAUCAAACGAAAAUACGUAUUUAAAAGCUCUUUCACAAAUUUUUGUAACAUUGGAGCAGAUAAAAGCUCAAAAUGAUGUUAUUAUAAGUAAUCAAAUGCACCAAUUUGCUAAGCAGAAUAUGGAAAGUGGUAAUGUAGCACUACCACUUCCAAACAAUUUACAAUUGCCCUUGGAAACCGUUGAUCAAUUAACACAGCUAGAUGAUUUGUGUAAAGAUUGUGGUACUUACAGCAAUUUGGUUAAACUACUCUCCAAAGUAGGCGGCAGUGAUGAGGUUGACACGACGAGACGAGUUAUGAAACGUCUCAUUUCAACAAAGCUUGCUUGUCUUCUUAAUUGGAAAGGGGUUUGCGGGAAGCAUGGUUUUGAAAAGUUACGUUUAAAAUUGGUUGUUGAAGAUGCGGUCCGCCAAAGUCCUUCUUCAGUUAAUGCAAAAGAUGCAUCUUUCGAAAAAAAUAUUCAAAGUUGGCUUCGACAAGCUGUAGAUAGAGAUGGUGGCCGUCAACGAAGAUAUGAAAAAUCUAAAAGUAAACAGACUACCAAUAUUUUAUUACUUUGAAAAUACUUUAUUGUUAAAAUAUUAUUUAAUUUUGU